AUGAGCACAGUUUCUCGCGACCUGCUAUUGCGAUUCUUGGAAAACUUCACUGACAUUAAUGUUAUCCCUGUAAAGUUGACGACAGCCCUCCCCAGUUAUUAUCGCGCUAUUGCCAAUGAUUCCGAGCUUUCCAAAAUCGCAUUGGAAAAAUGCGAUUCUGUUCUCCAGGAGCUUUCUCAUCACAGUCCCGAAAUCGUUACAAGGUGUAGUCAACUUCGUGCAAUCAUCGAGGCAUCUGAACAACCCAGUAAUUUGAUACAAGAGGUUGUCAACAUUCAGAACACUACAGAUCUUCCUUUUCUAGGUCGCGAACAGCACAUGGCAAACUUGAUAAUCGAAGAGAUAGACCUGGUAGACUAUAUAGACGAGAAUGAUUGA